AACCCGCUGCGCGAUCUCCUACCCUCGUUCCCGCUCGAAACCCUCGCGCACAGCGGCGACGGCGACUGGAGUUUUCUUUGAAGGCGGAGAGGGGAUCACAGUGUUCGAAGAAGAAGACGAGCUCUGAAGCUCUUAUCUUUCUCCCCUUCAGCACCUCUUAUACGCGAUACAUCUAUCUCGAAGGGCAAAGCGGAGGAGAAAAGAGAUUAUUGCUGAUUGGCAGGAUUUCGUUUAAAUCUUGCUACCAAACGCACCUAAAGUUGGAAUUUCUGUCGCUUUUUGGCGCAGAUGGAUCCCGGUUUUUGUUUCGACGGCGGAAGCUCGGACGAGGAACCGGACAGAGAAGAAGGAGCUUUUCAAUCUCCUUGGGAGUUUGGUUCUUAUUCCGAGUCUGUUUAUGAUGAGCACGAAAGGCGGAGGACCACCUCUGUUGAUGCCAAGAUCUCGAAAGCUCUCCAUAGCCGCCCUGUAUCGGUGCCUAGCAACGACGAAGAAGAGGAAGACAAUGGAAGCGUUGAUAAUGAUGAUAGCGAAGACGUUGAGGAGGAUGAAACAGGCGAACAACAGGAAGGAGAGGAGGACCAGGAAGAAGAAGAAGAAGAAGAAGAAGAAGAAGAAAAAGAAGAAGAAGGAGAAGAAAGCGUUGAUGAAUCCGAGGACGAAGCACAUAAGCAGGGAAGUCUUCCAUCUGAAAACAAAUUCAGUGAAAACACUAGUGCGGGUACUCCUGAUUUUUUUGCAUCAGCUGAAGGAGCUUCAUUUCAUGCAAAUUCUUUUCUUGAGCUUAAUCUGUCACGCCCUUUACUUAAGGCAUGUGAAGCCUUGGGGUACCAUAAACCAACUCCAAUUCAGGCUGCAUGCAUACCCUUAGCUUUAACUGGCCGUGACAUUUGUGGUAGUGCUUUAACUGGUUCUGGAAAGACCGCUGCCUUUGCCUUGCCUGUGUUGGAGCGUUUGCUUUUCCGGCCAAAGCACGUCCAUGCAAUCAGGGUUCUAAUUUUAACUCCUGCUCGUGAGCUUGCUGUUCAGGUGCAUAGUAUGAUUGUGAAGCUUUCUCAAUUCACUGAUAUUAGGUGCUGUCUUGUUGUUGGAGGCCUUUCAUCAAAGGUUCAAGAGGUGGCCCUAAGAUCUAUGCCUGAUAUUGUUGUUGCAACUCCCGGGCGCAUUAUUGAUCAUUUGAGGAACUCCCAGUCAGUUGGGCUAGAAGAUCUUGCUGUUCUAAUCCUUGAUGAGGCAGAUCGCCUUUUGGAACUUGGCUUUAGUGGUGAAAUUCAAGAAUUGAUUCGCUUGUGCCCAAAGAGGAGGCAAACGAUGCUUUUUUCGGCUACUAUGACUGAAGAAGUUGAUCGGCUUGUUGUCCUCUCACUUAAUAAGCCGGUACGUUUACAGGCUGACCCGUCUACAAAAAGACCGACGACAUUGACAGAGGAAAUAGUUAGGAUACGGCGUAUACGCGAAGCAAACCAGGAGGCUGUUCUGCUUGCACUUUGUUUCAAGACCUUCACCGAGAAGGUGAUAAUUUUCAGCGGAACUAAGCUAGAAGCUCAUAGAUUAAAGAUUAUAUUCGGUUUGGCUGGGUUGAAAGCAGCAGAGCUUCAUGGUAAUCUCACCCAAGUUCAGCGUCUUGAUGCUUUGGAGCUAUUUAGGAAGCAAAAAGUUGAUUUUCUUAUUGCAACUGAUGUUGCUGCUCGUGGACUCGACAUUGUUGGUGUUCAGACAGUUAUAAGUUUUGCAUGUCCACGUGAUAUCACAAGCUAUGUUCAUCGUGUUGGACGAACUGCUCGUGCUGGAAGGGAAGGAUAUGCUGUUACUUUCGUCACUGAUAGUGAUCGCUCGCUAUUAAAGGCCAUAGCAAAAAGAGCAGGUUCAAAACUGAAAAGUCGAAUUGUUGCAGAUCAACCAAUUGCUGAGUGGAGUCGUUUUAUUGAAGAAAAUGAAGAUCAAAUCUCUUUAAUUCUUCGGGAAGAGAGGGAAGAAAGAGAAUUAAGAAAAGUCGAGAUGGAAGCAACAAAGGUAGAGAACAUGAUCAAGCACAAGGAGGAUAUAUUUUCGCGCCCAAAAAAGACUUGGUUUGCUACCGAGAAAGAGAAAAAACUACUUGCAAAGGCUUCAAAAGAAUUUGCUAGCAAAGGUCAAAGUGACUGUAAUGUGGUGAUGAGUGCGCAGCAGGCAGAAGAUAAGAAGUUGAAAGAAAAAAGAAAAAGAGAGCGUGAGAAAAAUCUGCCACGGAAGAAACGGCGAAGAUUGGAAGCUACCAGGGAGAUGCUAGAGAAUGAGGAAUCCGAGAAUCUGGAAAAGUUUGGUAGAGUUGGUUUGAAAGGGAAAACCGGACAGUCUAUAGUUGAACUAGCUUAUCGGCGAGCUAAAUCAAUGAAAGCUGGGAAGGGCUUGAGGAAUGCUAGUAAAAGAGCAAAAAUACCUGACAAGAAUCUUCAAAGGAAAGAUGAGAUGGCUGAAUUAUUCCAGAAUGAGAUGAGUGAAAGAAAGCCGAGAAAUGUGAGAAGUCAUAAUGCUUCUGGAAGGACAAAGCAUAAGAGCUCCUUCAAGAGCAAAUCAAGGUAUAAGCGUCGGAAGUAGGCUUAUGGAGGGCUUCAUCUUCUUCUCUUGCACGAUUAUUGAGGAAUUCUUGCCGAGAAAA